AUGGAUUCACCUCGCCAGACUCCCAGUCCGGUCUCCAAUCCUCGGCCUCGGCCUCGGCCUCAGCAGUCCCUGUCCCAGUCGCAGUCCAACCCCCACCGGCUCCUGCAGCCAUCCCGCCGCCGCAAUAUGAUGCAUCAGCCCGACCUGCAUCGAUACCGCAGCAACAGCAGCAACAGCAGCAGCCACCGCCGCCUCAAUGGACAGGGCCGCCGCCACCUCAGCCUUCAUACUUACCCCAGAGCCAGCCCCCCCAUAAUGCCCGUAGGCCCAACUCCCAAUGCGAAUCCCAACCCGGAGGGACAUCCUGGAAUGCAUGAUCCUGCCAUGCUGCAGGCCGCUCAGCUGCUCCUCCCGGGCGACUAUCAAGCAUCUUCGUUGCCCUAUCUGCCCGAGGAUCUCAACCAUUUCCAAGAAUUUACCCAUUUUCUGGACUCCAUUGGUCUCCCGGCCGAAUGGCUGCCCUUUGAAGCAGAUCCCUCUCAGAUGCAAGACAUUGGCAUUGAGGAUGUCCAGAAACCAAUACCCCCCCUCUCAGGAACAGCCAAAGCGACCGAGAAGUAUUCGCGAUGGCUCGAGAGGAGAUUCCCCUUUUCGAUCAUGGCUACCCUCGAGCCACCGCAAGCCACCGGCAAAGUCUCUCGAUUCAAUAUUUCAGAGGAUCAACGCUUCCGACUCGCUGCAUCUCUCGAGGACUUUCGAAACGUCAUACCAGAUUUCACCCUUCCUUCUCGACACACUCUAACUCGCUACCUCACGUCCUACUUUGAGGGAUUCCAUCCCCACAUUCCGUUCAUUCAUAUACCAACUUUUCGCUUUAGCGAGUGCUCUGCCGAAUUAGUUCUCGCGAUGAUGACUAUCGGUGCCCAGUAUCGCUUUGAACAUCGCAAUGCAGAGAAAAUAUUUCAUGUUUCCAAGGCAGUCCUUUACGAACGCAUGAACAGAGAAUCCCAGUCGGGCUACCCGAUGGCAUCCCAAUAUGGAGAUCAGAAUCAAUCAGGGGCAGCGGGGGCACCCCCGCUUCACGGAAGAUGGAGGUGUUAUGCUACAUGGGAGCGUGCAGGGCUUGUCCAGGAGGCAUUCCAGAUUCAAGGUCAGCUGGUUCAGCAUCUUCGUGACGUUGGCUUGACGGAGCCAUAUUCUGAUGCGCGUGGUCAACCACUGGACUGGUAUGAGUGGGCAGACCAAGAGUCCAUUCGACGGACUAAGCUUAUCGCUUUCUGCUUCAUUCAUAUUCACAGUCUGGCAUACAAUGUCUAUCCAUCGCUACGCAGCAGCGAAAUCCACAUGCGACUUCCCUGCUCGACGAUCGAAUGGAUAGCGAACAAUGCAGUCGAAUGGGAAGCUGCCCAGCAAGCCCGUGGUCCUCAACAGUUGUUCUUCCAAGAUGCGUUGACGCUUUUGCUUCAAAAGUCGCGCUCGGCAGUACCAUUGGAGCCUAUCCCCGCUCCGUUGGGCAAUUACAUGCUGCUCCAUGGCCUGCUUCAGCGAAUUCACAUUGUCAGCGAACUUUCCUUGCCGAACGGGCUUCAUUCGACCGGCCUGCCGACCGAAGAACUAAACAAGAUUGAGCGAGCCCUCCGCUCCUGGACUAGUGUCUGGCAACAAGCUCCAGAGUCAAGCCUCGACCCACACAAUGAUAAUGGACCUAUCCCCUUUACUUCAAGUUCGCUCCUAGGACUUGCUUAUGUACGCCUAUCUCUUAAUCUCGGUCCGUACCGCCGCCUCGAAACGCGCGACCCAGCUACCAUUGCCGAUGCCCUGUAUCGCUCUCCAAAGCCGGAGCGAAGCUACCGUCUCAUCCCGGCCCUUAUAUAUGCUGCACACGCCCUCAGCAUUCCAGUGCGCCUGGGAAUUGAUCAUAUUGCACGCAGUCAGGCCUUUUUCUGGAGUGUGCGCCAUUCUCUCGCAAGCUUGGAAUGCGCGGUCCUGCUGAGCAAGUGGCUUUUCACCCUUGCAGAGGCGGGGCCAGACCAGGCGCUGAGUGAAAACGAAAGCCGGAUUCUUCGCUGGACCCAAUGUAUUGUUGAAGAGGCCUAUUCAUCUAUUGACCUCGAGGACGAAUCCGAAGCGCCGCUGAACCUCGAGCCGCCGGCAUUGGGCAUGGCGGUUCUAAAGCUGUGGUCCAGGUUGUUCAAACGAAAUACCCAAUGGCCGUUUAUUAAUUGUCUGGGGAAUAGUUUGGAGCAAUAUAUGAUUAUGAUUUAG